UCUAAACUUUUCAACAUUGUCUACACAGCUUUUCGAUUUGUUGAAAAAAUAUGUUCAUUACCAUUUAUUUUUCUUUGUGUGCAAAUUAAUAAUCUACCUUUAUUGUAUUUAAAAAAAUAUAUAAGGACUAUAUUCUGUGGAUUAACUAGUUUUUUUCAAAAUCAAUACAAUCGAUUAAAAGCUGUUUAUGUUAAACACACUCUCUAAAAGUAUGCGAUAAUAAAGAUGGCCGGUUCUAAUUGCCAAAAAUGGACGUUAAUUUGUCGAAACAGAUCGCGAAAUUUGCGAAUUCUGUUUCGACUCUUAUUCGGGUUAGGGUUUAUAGUUCUCUGCGUUUUUAUCAGUAGUUACUCAGGCACGCUUAGUAAUAAACUGCGUGGUGUUUACUUUGCUGAUAAUCAAGGGAAAAUAGUGAGCGAUGGUGACCAUUCGACACUGCACAAACGCAGCCCCUUUAUUCGGGAAAGGUCACAAAACAAGGCGGAUAAUGAUGUGUCGCCCAAGAGUUCUCACGCUGAUGACGUAACAUCCGGUGAGACUUUCCAACAAAUCAACCAACAGCAAGCCUGGGUUUAUUCCGCCUACAUCGACGUGGUCAACGCUAAAAUCUCCCUGAUUCGGAUAUUCGCCAUCAUUAGCUUGAGCCUCACACAACAGGCGUACUGUCUGGUGGAGGAAGGGGGGAGAGUGACCGUCAUCAAGGGCGUGUAUCGCCCCCUUUUUGAUCAUCGUUCUAUGAGAUUUUAUUCCGGGAACUUCGAGUGUAACCUACAACCACACAAAAAACCCGACUACGUCGCCGUGACGUUCAACACAACACAGCAACCAAACAACAGACUCCGGGUUGUCUACCCUGGCUCAAUACUGCGCAACUUCACCGUGUGUCACCCGGCUUUAUUUAACUUCAAAAACCCCGGCCAGAUUAUCCAAGCCAUCGAAUUCAACCGAAUCCUGGGCGCCGAGCAUUUUUUUGUCUACAAUUACACCAUCUCCAAGGCGACGGACGCCGUGUUGAGGCACUACCAGGAUCUGGGGUUGUUGACGGUACUACAGUGGCCGCUUCCGACGACGGAGAUUUGGUACUACGCUCAAAUGGCGGCCGUCAACGACUGCGUGUACCGGAACAGAAACGUGUCGCGGUACGUCGCUAUUCAGGACACGGACGAGUUCAUUAUCCCCAAACGUCACAACAGCUGGAAUGACGUCAUACGUUCCAUCGAAGCGAAUCACAGCCGAAGUCAAAAUUCCAACGGUAAUUUAACCGCAGCGGAGAAGAAAGAAAUUGGUUCGUUUAUAUUCGAGUGCACUUUUUUCUAUAAUAUUACUCCGCCAUCUUUUUGGGCGGAAGUGAAGAAAAAUUUCAGCAUAACAAACGAAGUGGAGGGUUUUCUGAAGAAAUACUCCGUGAUUCCGUUUCUUCACGUUCAACGCCUGAACAAAACGUUCACACUAAGGUCAAGGACGAAGACCAUCGUCCGGCCGGAACUGAUCGUCCAGGCCGGAAUUCACGGCACUUUCUACCACAAGCCGGGGGCCGAGUACACGCUGGUCAAGAGUGACCUUGCCCUUGUGCAUCACUACAACAAGAUCGCUAAAUCUGGUCUCUAUGAGACGUCGGCGUUGAGGUUCACACACCAGGUCUAUCCCAGACUCAAAUCAGCUUUUGCCAACUUGUCGGCUGUCUUCUAGACCCC